AAUAAAGCGCAGAUAAUAAAAAUACCCAAAUUUCAUGCUCAUCACCAACCGCCCUCUCUCUCUUAUCUCUACACCUUUCUACUGAUUCUUUCUUCUUUUUAAUAAUUCAUUUCUUCCUGCACUUGCUCUUGCUCUUGCUCCUGGCCCCCCUCCCUACUCCUAUUUUCUCUUUUUUCCCUUCCCCAACUCUAUAUAUAUCUCCCUUCACUUCAUAUUUUCAUAUGUGUUCAAACACACACCUCUCUUCUCUGUUUCUGUCUUCUUUUCUCUCUACUCUCCACUUGUUGUUGCACAUUUCCACCUUUUGUACUCUCUUUAUUCUUUUGAAGUAAAAAAAACCAACUCUUCUCCAGAUUCCUCUAGUUUAUACUUGUGUGUUCAGUGAGUUGAGUUGCUGUUUCUGAUUUUCUGGCUUUUUGAAUAAGCUUUCCUGUUUCGAUUCAUAGUCUCUGUUUCUUCCCAUGGCGCCCCCCAGUGACCCCGUCAACUCAACUUUCAGCGUCCUCAAAUCCAGCAAAACAGACAGUUUUUUUCAACUUCGUGAUGGAAAACUCUCCGUCCGGGAUUUUCCUUUACUCACUGAAAUUCCCAGCAAUGUCACUUUCAAACCCUUCUCCUCCGUGUGCCAAUCCUCUGAGGCACCCCUUCCCCUGUUCCAGCGCGCCCACUCCCUGUCUUUCAAGGGCGGAUUCCUCGGGUUCAGUCAGAACGCCUCCGCCGAUCGCCUGACGAAUUCCCUUGGUAAAUUCACUGGCAGGGAUUUCGUCAGCAUUUUCAGGUUUAAAACCUGGUGGUCCACUCAAUGGGUUGGGAAAUCGGGUUCCGACGUACAGAUGGAAACACAAUGGGUGAUGUUGGACGUACCCGAAAUAAAGUCUUAUGUUGUCGUAAUCCCAAUAGUUGAAGGAAAAUUCAGAUCGGCUCUUCAUCCUGGUAAGGAUGGCCACAUGUUGAUUUGUGCGGAGAGUGGCUCCACUCAAGUGAAAGCGUCGUCUUUCGAUGCAAUUGCCUACGUUCAUGUCUCUGACAACCCUUACACUUUGAUGAAAGAGGCUUACACUGCUGUUAGAGUUCAUCUCAAUACAUUCAAGCUUAUUGAAGAGAAAACACCACCACCCCUCGUGAAUAAAUUUGGUUGGUGCACUUGGGAUGCCUUUUACUUGACUGUGGAGCCUGCUGGAAUUUGGCAUGGAGUAAAAGAAUUUGCCGAUGGAGGAAUGUCUCCGAGGUUUCUGAUCAUCGAUGAUGGCUGGCAAAGCAUCAAUCUCGAUGGACAGGAUCCGCAUGAGGACGCCAAGAACCUUGUACUAGGGGGAACUCAAAUGACUGCCAGGCUUCACAGGCUUGAUGAAUGUGAAAAGUUCAGGAAAUACAAGGGUGGAUUGAUGUUGGGGCCUGAUCGUCCCCCGUUCGAUCCCAAGAAGCCAAAGAUGUUGAUUUCUAAGGCUAUUGAGAUUGAAGUUGCUGAGAAAUCCCGUGACAAGGCAGCUCAAUCUGGGGUCACCGAUUUGUCUCAGUUUGAUGCUCAGAUUGAGAAACUGCAGAAAGAAUUGGACGAAAUGUUUGGUGGUGGUGGAGAAGAAAAGGGUUCGAGCAAAGGGUGUGCAAGUUGCUCUUGCAAGUCUGAAAACUUUGGUAUGAAAGCAUUUACCAGAGAUUUGAGGCAAAAUUUCAAAGGGUUGGAUGAUAUAUAUGUUUGGCAUGCAUUGGCUGGUGCCUGGGGAGGGGUCAGGCCUGGGGCAACUCAUCUCAAAUCCAAAAUUCAGGCCUGCAAAUUGUCUCCCGGACUCGAUGGGACCAUGACUGAUCUUGCAGUGGUGAAAAUCAUCGAGGGCUCGAUCGGACUUGUGGAUCCCGAUCAAGCUGAUGAUUUCUACGACUCCAUGCACUCUUACCUUUCCAAAGUUGGGAUUACAGGAGUGAAAGUUGAUGUUAUUCAUAUGCUUGAAUAUGUUUCUGAAGAAUAUGGAGGCAGAGUUGAGCUGGCAAAGGCUUAUUAUAAAGGGCUCUCAAAGUCCCUUUCCAAGAACUUCAAGGGAACUGGGCUCAUCUCCAGUAUGCAGCAAUGCAAUGACUUCUUUUUACUUGGAACGGAACAGAUAUCCAUGGGAAGAGUUGGGGACGAUUUCUGGUUCCAAGACCCCAAUGGUGACCCCAUGGGAGUGUAUUGGCUACAAGGGGUCCACAUGAUCCACUGUGCAUACAACAGCAUGUGGAUGGGGCAAUUCAUCCAACCAGAUUGGGACAUGUUUCAAUCUGACCAUCUGUGUGCAAAAUUCCAUGCUGGCUCAAGGGCUAUCUGUGGAGGUCCUGUUUAUGUAAGUGAUUCUUUGGGUGGCCAUGAUUUUGAUCUUCUGAGGAAGCUGGUUUUCCCUGAUGGUACUAUUCCCAAGUGCAUCCAUUUUGCCCUCCCAACUAGAGACUGUCUCUUCAAGAACCCACUCUUUGACAACAAGACCAUUCUCAAGAUUUGGAACUUCAACAAGUAUGGAGGUGUCAUUGGCGCUUUCAACUGCCAAGGAGCUGGUUGGGACCCCAAGGAACAAAGGAUAAAGGGAUACUCUCAAUGCUACAAGCCGCUAUCCGGUUCAGUUCAUGCGAGUGACCUCGAGUGGGAUCAGAAGAAAGAAGCAAACGAAAUGGGAAAAGCAGAGGAAUAUGCAGUCUAUCUGAGUGAGGAAGAGAAACUAUUCUUAACAAAACCGGAUUCUGAUCCCAUCUCAAUCACCCUUCAGCCCUCAACGUUCGAGAUCUUCAGCUUCGUCCCAAUCAAGAAGAUCGGUGAGGCUGUCAAGUUUGCGCCUAUUGGACUAACCAACUUGUUCAAUGCCGGAGGAACGAUUCAGGGAGUUGUUUACGAUGAAUCCAUAGCGAAAAUUGAAGUGAAGGGCGAAGGAAACUUCUUGGCGUAUUCAAGUGUUAAACCUAAGAAAUCGUAUGUGAAUGGAGGUGAAGUGGGUUUCAAGUGGUCGGAAAAUGGGAAGCUAGGAUUGAACAUUCCUUGGUAUGAAGAGUGUGGUGGGAUUUCUAACGUAACUUUUGUUUUCUGAAGGUGGAGGAUGGGUGCCUGUUGCACGGGCUAACUGAUGCUAUGCCAUAUUAAUUUUUAGUUUUGUAUUGAUACUAUAAAUAAUUUUCCCAUCUGAAAGGCCAAAAGUUGCCGUGGGAAAUGGAUGCUGAUCAGUUGGGAGUUCUGUUAUACAAGAAUUUUCCUUUCAAUUAUUCUCAAAUUAAUUGUUAUAU